CCUUCUUCCACUCAUUUUCUCGACCUGUUGGAGGAUUUUUGGAUUAGAGGGAACUCUCGCCGGAUGGUAUCUUCGACUUUCACCACUAUUGAAUUCGAAGCCUAACAAUGGAUCAGCUAUAUUCAAUAGGUGAACCGGAAGUUUCGUGGUCCCCCACUACCACACCAGGCUCCGAUAUCAUCGAAGAGGUCGUACAGCAAACGCCUAGACGACCUCGGCUCUCGACCGCCUUUGUUACACAUCGUAUGCGCGAUUCUCCUCGGAGACAGUUUCGGAUGGAAGAACGCCUUAGCUCGUGCGGAGACAAAUUAUUCGGAGAAAUCGAGUUUACCAUGAUGGAGUCGAGAGGUAGUAUAGACGGGUCCGAGUCGUCAGCGUCAGCUUUGACCAUGAUCACCUCGGCAACUUCGACAUGUACCGAUCCAUGGAGUGCGGGUGGUUUUGUGGAAGAAGAGGAGGACGAAGAACCCAAUUGGGACCAAGAAGACGAUGUGGUGGUGAUACCGAAAUUGGAACCCAUAGAGGAGGAUGUAGAUAUGACAGGACUUUCGGAAGUGAAGGAAACAACGAUGCCAGAAACAGAAACGCCGUCAACGGGAUCGACGCCCGUACAGACGAAAAGACCUCGUGGCCGACCUCGGAAACAUCCUAAACCUAGUGCCGAAGCACAAGCAAAGGUUGCCAAAGGGAGGUCGAAAACAGGAUGCAUCACAUGUAGAAAGAGGAAAAAGAAGUGUGACGAGGCAAAACCUGGCUGUAAGUCCCAGCAGGUGGUUCUCGUUCUUGCAACACGCACUGACAUUGCCAGGCAUGAACUGUGAAAAGAACUCGGUACAAUGCGAAGGCUACCCAGCCAAGACCAUCUGGAAGAGUGGCAAAGAAAAAGCGGAAGAAGGUAUGGUCAUGAAGACAUGCACGACGAAGAUUGAGGAACUGACCGCAUCGACAGCCCGAUUACGCAGGGCCGGAAGCUACGCAUUGCCAAAGAUUAAUUUGCCCCCUAUGAUCAAUGGCGUUGAGACUGAAGGUGAUAGGAUGUUCUUUCAGCACUACAUCACUCGUCUCAGUCUUAUAUUUACGGUCGAGGGGGAACAAAAUAGUGCCUUCAAGAAUGUCUUGCUACCGAUUGCUUUACAACAUACGGGUUUGAUGCACUCAAUUCUUGCUCUCUCUGGAAGACAUAUCGAUUAUCAAUCAGCCUAUGGUCGUCAAGUCCUCUCACAGCACCCCAAUAUGAAUGUCCAGAUUCUCGAAGAACGUUCUCAAUUCCAUCACGAUGAGGCGGUAAAGGAUCUAAUCCAGGAGAAAAGAGAAGGAGAUGGAAAUGUUUUACCCGCCACUUAUGGCCAGAUCUUGUGUCUGGUUCUUCAAACAUUAUCAGAUCCCAAGCCCAACGGUCAACAUCGAUUCCAUCUGCAACACUACCAAAGACUCAUCCAGGAAAGGCCACCAGAGGAUACCGACUUCCUCAAAUUCAUCCAAGAGUUUUUCCAAUAUCACAUCUGUGCCGACGAACUCAUCGCCCUCCCUCCCCCUGCUGCCACUCGAAAUGUCUCUUCGGACGACUGGAAUCUGCCCAACAGUGUCAUCCAACCAGCAGCCGUCCGUCUCUUGGGAGUAGCCGACGGUCUCUUCCUCUACAUGUCCAAAAUCACAAACAUCCGCAACCAGAUCAGGGAUAACAUGGAAGCUAGGAAAGACCCUGUUGUAGAUUACACGUCCCUUUACCGAGCAGCCGAAAUCGACGCUGGGAUCAGAGACUGGACACCAGCAUGGCCAGAAGGAGAUACACGUGAUCGAGCCGGACUCCUCUACAAGCAGAUGAUGUGGGUUUACCUCUGGCGUACUAUCUACCCCCCAAAGAAUACCCACUGGCAACCUGAUACACGAAUCACCAAAGCUGUCGACGAUGGCAUCGUGCUUCUAGGGAGUUUUGCACCUCGCGACCCGAGUCAAACCUUGAUCCUUGCACCCGCCUUCGUGAUCGGAUGUGCAGCAUUCGAACCCGAGCAGCGGGAGCCAAUUCGAAAGGCUAUCGGUAUCGUGAAAGCUUAUACGGAGUACCGAAAUUCUGAUACGGCCCUCGAGGUUCUGGAAGAGGUAUGGCGUUUGAUGGACGUAAGAGACGAGCGGAGUUGGGACUGGCAAUCUAUUGCUCAUCGCAUGGGCAUGGACUUUUUGGCUACUUGAUUCGUCUCACUUGGGCUCGACUUGGACUCUUUAUUGUGCUUGUUUUGUUUUUGAUACCCCACUCCCUCCAUGUAUGGCGGUGCCCCUCGGCGUCUCUCUCUUUCAUGUUUUGAUCUUUUCACGCUAUUACGAAUCUCUAUCCCGCUGUGUAUACACCUCGCACCACAUUACCAACUCGACUGGGGUAUUUUACGAUCGACAUAUAUGUUGUUGUCUUUUGGGAAGGAAACGAAAAGAGAGGGGAAGAGACGAGGAUUUUGACUUAUGGAUACACAUACACCUGAUACGUUUAUAUAUAUAUUGCGUUAUAUAUAUAUAUAUAUAUAUAUAUAUGGGGGAAAGCAGUGGUUGAGUAGAGGGUUGUUCAUGAAUAUGGUUGAUAUAUGCAUAUAUAUCUCUCAUGUAUCUAUGUUUCUCUUUUUUCUCUUUUUCUGACGAAACAAAGUCUCUUUUGUCACUUAGUUUGCUUUAGGGUUAGGUUAGGCUGUCUGAUAUUUUUGGGAGGGGAUGAUUUUGCUUAUGGCUUUUCCUUUUUGAGUAAUUUGGUUUGGCUGGGCGGCGGCUCUCUCGAUUCCUGCAACUUGGUCUCUUUUUUUGUCUAUGAUACCAUCACUAUUGGAAAGGGGGUGGGGACUUCUGCUUCGUGGGCGGCCUGGUUUAUCUUGAUAGUAUGCGGCUUUUUUUUCCUUCUCUUUUCUGGUUUCCUGUUUUGGGAGGGGUUCAAAGGUGGGACUGGGAACAAAUGGAUGGGUGGGCGGCAAAUCUUGGUUCAGAAAAUUGUUGGUCUUUUGUGUGCGAGCGCGCGGUUUCUUGUUAUUUACUUUCUGAUGUUGUUUUGAAUUUGGCGUGUGUUUUACUGGUGUAGAUAGUUUGGGCUUUGGCUAAGUGGGAAGGGGGGAUGGGAUGGGUAUGGUUGGAUUGGAAUGGAAUGGAAUGGGGUGAGGUGAAUGGAGUAUUUAGGUUGGUUGGUUGUAGUACAUAUGCUUAUUGGAUGUCAAUUAUUUCUGC